AUGCAAGGUCCCCCUGUGCCGUGGUGGCUUCGGAUGGUGGGAGUGGUGGGGAAUGUGCGGGAGAUCGUGAGCAAGGGUCAUCACCAGUGCCACGUGGACUGGAUGGCUGCACACGGCCACCUCUACUCCUACUGCUACGGCCCUCGCCGGGUCGUGGCAGUGUCCUCUCCCGCUCUCGUGAAGGAGGUUCUGCUACGUCGCUUCAAGACCUUCCACGACCGCCCCAUACCUCCCACUGCCAGCCCCACCACUGGCCGGGGGCUGCUGUUCGCCCGCCCCACCACUGGCCGGGGGCUGCUGUUCGCCCGCCCCACCACUGGCGGGGGGCUGCUGUUUGCUCGCCCCACCACUGGCCGGGGGCUGCUGUUCGCCCGGGGUAACCACUGGGCUGGUUUGAGGAGCGCUCUCACGCCCAUGUUCCACCGCUCCACCCAUCUCCACUCCUUCCUUUCCGGAAUGCACCGUUCCGUUCUCCAUAUGCUGCUGCUGCCGCUGUGGGAUGUGACACAAACGAGGGGAGGGAGGGAGCGAGGGAGAAAGGGAGGAGGGGUGGGGGGAGGAGGAGGGGGUGGGCGGGCGUGGGAGGAGGGAGCGAAGGAGGGAGGAAGGGGCGAGGAAGAGGGGAAGGAGAACCGAGAGGAAGGGAGAGGAGUGGGAGAAGAGGGAUGGGCGGAGGUGGAUUUAAUGGGCAUGUUUGAAGCAGUGGGGCUGGCGUCUAUUGGCUCUGCUUGCUUUGGUGAAGACCUGUGGUUUCAGCAGGACACAACUGCUACACUCACAGCUGCGACAGCCCACACUGAGGCAAACAAGCAGGCAGGGACGAAGCUAGGGGCGCACAGUAGCACUAUCGACCCUGCUCCUCCUCACACCACGUUACCACCACACACAGCAGCACACUCCACCGCACCACACACUGCUGCACCGCACACUGCCUCCCUGGCUCGUGCAUACGGGGCGAACAAGCAGGCAGGGGCGAAGCUAGGGGCGGUCCCAUCGCUGCUCCUGGCCCUCUCCCCUGCGUGCCUGCACCCCUGGGUGCAUGCGCUGCUGGGUGUGCUGCCUGGGAGCACCGUGGGUGCGGCGAGGGAGAGACACCGAGAGCUGAUGCUCGAAUGGAAGGUGAGGAGGUUUGGGUGUGUUGUACUGCGUCCCAUCACUCCUCCUGGCCCUCUCCCCUGCGUGCCUGCACCCCUGGGCGCAUGCGCUGCUGGGUGUGCUGCCUGGGAGCACCGUGGGCGCUGCGAGGGAGAGACACCGAGAGCUGAUGCUCCAGUGGAAGGUCUGCUCGAAUCCGACUUUCCUCUCAUCCUCUUUAGCCUCCUGGGCGCUGGUGUGGGCACCAAUUGUGAGAUGGGGAGAAGCAGGUCCGAAGACACGCCUUCAUUUACCAAUAAAAAACGUUUGUUUGAAGACCUAGAAGAGCUUAAGUAUCUUGAUAUGGUUGUGAAAGAAACACUUAGGCUGUACCCUGCUGCCCCUAUAGCUGCCCGCCUGCCCGUCCAUGCAACGACUCUGGCUGGUUACCACAUCCCUGCGAAUACGCCGGUCGUGGUCCCGAUUUUCGCUGCCCACCGCUGCCCGGAUUUCUUCCCCCGGCCGCUUUCUUUUCUGCCCGAACGUUUCGGUCAGCGGGCAGCGGGUGAGAAGGGAGUUGGGUGGAAGGAGGGAGGGAGGAAAGAGGAGGCAGAAGGGCAAGAUGGGGAAGGAAGGGGCGAGAAGGGUGGAGAAUUGAUCAAGGGUGAAGAGAGAGGAGGAGGGAAGCAGCGAGAGGAGGUGCUGUGGACGGCCGAGUCAGAGGCUAUGUAUUUGCCUUUUGGUGCCGGUCCGCGCAUGUGCAUCGGUGCUCGAUUCGCCUUGAUGGAAAUCAAGCUCUGCCUCGUGCUGCUGCUGCGGGCCUUUGAAAUUUCAUCAGCAUGUGACAUAGCAGUAGCAUCUGCGACUGAUGUCGAUGCGUCGAGGCGUUUCACAACUUGCAAGGCUGACGUUGAAGAAAGGGAGAGAGGGAAGCGGGGAGAGACCGAGGAGGCAGGGGAGGGCGUGUGGGGGAGUGCGAGCAGCAAGGCAGGGGUGGAUAGCAGCAAGCUGCCAUUGGAAUCUGGGUUGAACCUUCGACCGAAAGACGGCAGAGGAGAGGAGGGCAUCAGACGGGGUGCAAGCAGCAAGGCAGGGGUGGAUAGCAGCAAGCUGCCAUUGGAAUCUGGGUUGAACCUUCGACCAAAGAAUGGGGUGUGGGUAAGGAUACGGAGGAGGGGCAAUGGUAUUUCGUUGUGA